AUGUCUUCCGAUCUAUUCCAGGAGCUCACAGCUCCAAACGGAGUCAAAUACGAGCAGCCACUAGGUCUUUUUAUCAACAAUGAAUUUGUCGCUGCUCGCAGCGGUAAAAAAAUCACUACCGUAAACCCUGCCAACGAAGAAGACAUAGCGCAUGUCCACGCCGCUGGAGUCGAAGAUGUUGACAUUGCGGUCAAGGCGGCAAAGGCUGCAUUCAAGGGACAAUGGAGCACCACAAACGGUACUACUAGGGGAGCGCUGCUGCAUAAAAUGGCAGAUCUGGUUGAGCAACAUCGUCGCACACUGGCCACGAUCGAGACUUGGGAUAACGGCAAGCCUUACACGGCUGCGUUCGGGGGUGACGUUGGCGAGGUCAUCUCUGUCUUCAGAUACUACGCUGGCUGGGCAGACAAAGUGACAGGAGAUGUCAUCGAAACUACUCCUGGUAAGAUGGCAUACACAAUUGCCGAACCUGUCGGCGUCUGCGCCCAGAUUGUGCCUUGGAACUACCCACUCGGCAUGGCAUCGUGGAAGUUGGCACCUGCUCUUGCUGCUGGCUGCACAAUUGUCAUGAAAGCGUCAGAGCAGACACCGCUGUCUAUUCUCUACCUUGCCACUCUUUUUAAGCAGGCCGGCUUCCCGGCUGGAGUUGUAAACAUUAUCAACGGGUAUGGCGCUGAGGCCGGUGCCGCUAUGGCCAGCCACCUUGAUGUGGACAAGAUCGCUUCCACUGGGUCAACCGCGACAGGUCAGCAGAUCAUGAAAGCUGCGGCGUCAAAUCUCAAGAACGUCGUCCUCGAGACAGGCGGCAAAACGCCGCUUAUCAUCUUCGAGGACGCAAACCUCGAGACGGCUGUGAAGUGGGGCCACUACGGCAUCAUGGCCAACGCGGGCCAAAUCUGUACUGCAAACAGCCGCAUCCUGGUGCACGAGAGCAUCUACGACACGUACGUCGACAUGUUCAAGCAGAAGAUCCAAAGCACAUCGAAGCUGGGCGACCCCUUCGCCGAAGACACGUUCCAGGGCCCGCAGGUAACUAAGCAGCAGUUCGACAGGAUUCUGUCGUACGUCGAGAUUGGCAAGCAGGGCGGCGCGACGCUUGAAUUGGGCGGCAAGCCAUGGAAGGACGCAGACGGCAAAGGCUUCUACAUUGAGCCAACCAUUUUCACAAACGUGUCCAAAGACAUGCGCAUCUACCGUGAGGAGAUCUUUGGUCCGUUCGUCGUUAUCGCAUCGUUCAGCACAGAUGACGAGGCCGUUGCCAUGGCAAACGACUCAGACUAUGGUCUUAGCGCGGCGUUCUUCACAAAAGACGUUUCUAGGGCCCACCGUGUGGCUAAGAGGCUGGAAGCCGGCACCGUUUGGAUCAAUAGCAGCAACGAUACCGACUACCGUGUUCCCUUCGGCGGCGUCAAGCAGUCGGGUAUCGGACGAGAGUGUGGAGAGGCGGGCAUCAAGUCGUAUACCAGCGUGAAGUCGGUGUACCUGACUUUAGAGUAG